ACACCUAGCUGCUGGGCAGAAGAGGGAUCAGAAAAGAGAUCGCAUCAGCGUUCAGCAUCAUGGGGGAGUGCUGAUCAACUAAAAGAGCAGAUUGCCAAAUUGAGGCAGCAGCUCCAACGCAGCAAACAAAGCAGUCGUCAUAGUAAAGAAAAAGAACGUCAGUCACCGCUCCAUGGCAACCAUAUAGCAAUCAGUCAGACUCAGGCUUCUAUCUCAAGAUCAGUCCCUAUGCCACUGUCAAAUAUUUCAGUGCCAAAAUCAACUGUUUCACGUGUGCCGUGCAAUGUAGAAGGAAUAAGCCCUGAAUUAGAAAAAGUAUUCAUUAAAGAAACCAGUGGAAAAGAAGAAGUAUCCAAGCCUUUGGAUAUUCCUGAUGGUCGAAGAGCACCCUUGCCUGCUCAUUAUCGUAGCAGUAGCACGCGUAGCAUUGAUACACAGACUCCCUCUGUCCAAGAGCGCAGCAGCAGCUGCAGCAGCCAUUCACCAUGUGUCUCUCCCUUUUGCCCUCCGGAAUCUCAGGAUGGGAGUCCUUGCUCAACAGAAGAUUUGCUAUAUGACCGUGAUAAAGACAGUGGGAGUAGCUCACCGUUGCCCAAGUAUGCCUCAUCUCCCAAACCAAACAACAGCUACAUGUUCAAACGAGAGCCCCCAGAGGGAUGUGAGCGAGUGAAGGUCUUUGAGGAAAUGUCGUCUCGUCAGCCUGUCUCAGCCCCGCUCUUUUCAUGCCCUGACAAAAACAAGGUUAAUUUCAUCCCAACCGGAUCAGCUUUCUGUCCUGUAAAACUUCUGGGUCCCCUACUACCUGCUUCUGACCUGACUCUCAAGAACUCUCCAAACUCUGGUCAAAGCACAGCUUUGAGCACUCUGACUGUUGAGCAACUUUCAUCUCGGGUCUCCUUCUCAUCUCUGUCAGAUGACACCAGCACAAUGGACUCUACAGAGGUCUCAGUACAACAGCCAUCCCAACAGCAGCAGCCGCUUUUGCAGGAACUUCAGACUGAAGAACUCUCCUCUCCUCAGAGCUAUGUGGUAAUCUAGACCAAGGUAGAGCAGGCCUCUGCCCUGAAACAAGGACUGGGGAGUCUAUACUAAUACAUCUGCAUGGAGAGGCAACCUUUUCAGAACAAAACAAAAUACUUAUCAGCAUCUUAAAAAUAUCUCAAUAGUGUUCUUGGCAGGGACAGAACUCAUACUCAGCAUUUUUUUGUGAAAAAGCAGUAAUGCUUGCAAAAACCGUGCAUCAUUAAGCAUUUAAGUGGAGACUAUGCAUUUCAUAGUAUGACCAGAUUAGUACUGUCUUGUGUUCUGUUUCAAAUUCUACAGUAUAAAUAAGCUCUGUAUCAAAAAAGUUGCCUGUCUGAAUAGAAAAUGUCUUGCUGUGUUGUGUCCUAUGGAAAAUACUGUACUUCAGGAUUAUGUUUACAAUUGAUCCAGGUGUUUAUGUUUCUAACUUCUGUAAUACAUACAAUGCAAAAAAAAAA